AUGGACAAUCUGUAUAAGCGCAAGAUCGUACCUGACCCGAUCUGCCCCCUAUGCAAACAGGAAGUGGAAACUGUGGAACACACCCUCUUGCUCUGCUCUUGGACAGCCCGUAUAUGGAAAUCAGAACCCCUGCAAAUUAAAGUUUCAAGAACGGGGUUAACAAGGAUAGAUGAAUGGUUGUAUAAGAUGAAGGCAGACCCAAACCAUACCACAAAGUUCGCCCAAAUCGCUGCUACCCUCUGGAGUAUCUGGAAGGACCAAAACAACUACAUCUUCGGCCACCAUCCCCUGCAACCGAAGCAAACAGUGUUCAGGGCAGCCGCUCUACAAGAAAACUACACCAAAUGGCAUCAAAAAUCAAAAGGUGAACCACCUACCUCGACUCACAUCAACCGAUGGCAUCCUCCGACUCCAAACUCACUAAUAAUCAACAUUGAUGCGUCCUUUGCUCCGGUCGAAGUGGCUGCUUCAGAUUCCCAAGCGAACAAAGGAACGGUCGAGCACAGGGGAGCGAUCGCGUGCAUCUGUCGCGACUCCCGGGGCCACCUAGUCGACGGAUUCGCCAAACCAGUAGCGGUCUCCUCUGCAGAACAGGCGGAAGCCAUCGCUUUUCUAGAAACCCUAAUUUUUCUCUCAAACAAGUCUCAACUCCAACUGAAAGUGUUCUCUGACAGCUUCCUCCUCGUGCAAAGCUUCUCCACUUAG